AUGAGUGAGAGGUAUACCUUACUUUCCAAAGUUGGGAAAUGCAUUCUAGCGGAUGGCCGGACGAAAGAAGCUGUGACUCUUUUUGGAGACAUGUGCGUAUGGAAUGAAGGCCAGUAUGAUGAAGAACACCCUGAUCGACUAGCAUCUCAGCACGAACUUGUAAGGGCAUACCAAUCCAACGGGCAGAUCAAGCAGGCCGUGGAGCUACUUGAGCACGUGGUCGCGGUGCGAGAGAGAACGCAAGAUGAAGAACACCCUGAUCGACUGGUAUCUCAGCACGUACUCGCAGGGGCAUAUGAAUCCAACGGGCAGAUCGAACAGGCCGUAGAGCUACUUGAGUACGUGGUCGCGGUACAAGAGAGAACGCUAGAUGAAGAACACCCUAAUCGACUGGCAUCUCAGCACGAACUCGCAAGGGUAUACCAAUCCAACGGGCAGAUCGAACAGGCCGUGGAGCUACUUGAGUACGUGGUCGCGGUACGAGAGAGAAUGCUAGAUGAAGAACACCCUGAUCGACUGGAAUCUCAGCGCGCUCUCCAAGGCAUCAAAAUGUCGAUCAAAGCAGCGACCAUGGAGAACAUAUUUUUAUCACCUCCCACCCCCCCCUGA